AGUCUAACACUUAAGCUCACCAUAGCAAGGCGCGUACUUUUAUCCGAACCGAUCUCGUACAAUUUCGGCGUGAUUUCCAAUAUAUUCCGAUACCUGGUAUAGAAAAUAUAUUCAAUACACAUUUCAAGCUGUUACUUUAAAAAAUAUAAAUUAAUUGCAACAUUAUUGUUUGGUGACAAAGUGUGUUUCUAAUGAUUACUUAGGAUUAAUCUAUUUCAUAGUUACAAUGUGUGGAAAUUCGGUUUUUACUCUUUUUUUGAUAAUAAAAAAUGUGUAUGUUCAUAGUUUUUUAGAAAAAUGUGCAUAUUAAUCGACUGGAAAUGCAGUGGUUAUACUUUCUUGGAGUUAUUGCAGCAGUAAAUGCCGGUAGAGAAGUGUACGAACGAUUAGGAUACUUUUGGCAUAUUACUGACAUUCACUACGAUGGGCACGUAUACUCACAUGGAGACGCCAGAAAAGGAUGCUGGCGAUCAGACUAUGAAGGUGGCAAAGGUAAAGGAGCGCGAAGACAAAUGGGCCGUUUUGGUGACUAUAGCUGCGAUUCUACGUGGGAGCUUAUUGAAUCCGCUGCUCAACUUAUGAUGACACGUCACUAUGAUAAUGUUGAAUUUGUCCUCUGGACAGGAGAUGGCAUUUCACACUCAGCCCGUCGUCUACCAGAUUCCAUACAGAGGAAGCUACUACAAAAUUUAACCGAUUUACUGGGAAAAACCUUCAAAUCACAAUUUGUGUUCCCAGCCCUUGGUCAUGACGACCCAUUCGGUAAGGAGGAGUUAACAAAAAUGUGGUCCAGGUGGUUGCCAACUGAUUCAUUGAAAACAUUUCAAUCAGGUGGUUACUAUAUAUUCGAAAGAAAAAUGCUCAAAUUGCAAAUAGUUGUAUUGAAUACGAAUCUUAUGAAGCGUGGGGAAAACGACGAAGACGCUUUGCAACAAUGGGUUUGGUUAGAUAGCGUGUUAGCUAAAUUCCAGAAAAACGGAGAAACGGUUUAUUUGGUGGGUCACGUUCCACCAGGAUUGAAUGAACGACAACGUGGUAGCACUGCUUCUAAACACUUCGCAUAUUUGGACUACCAUAAUAAGAGGUAUUUGGAUAUCGUCAGAAAAUAUGCUGGUAUUAUUGCUGGUCAGUUUUUCGGACAUCUGCAUUCAGAUACCUUCAAAGUUAUUUACAGCACGAAUGGUAAACCUAUAUCUUGGGCGAUGGUUGCACCAUCUGUUACACCGAAGAGAACCAUUGACGGCCCCAAUAAUCCAGGAUUACGUCUCUAUAAAUUCGACAAAGACACCGGACAGGUAUUUGACUACACACAGUUUUACUUGGAUCUGUCUGCGGCUAACGCCAAUGAAAACAGGAUAGCAGAAUGGGCUGUCGAAUAUAAUUUUAGUACGUACUAUUCCAUUAACGAAAUUAAUGCUGGUAGUCUUCAUGCACUUGCCGACAAAUUUACUCAAGACAAUCCUUUUGGGAAUUCUGUCUUUAACAAAUAUUAUCGCGCGAAUUCUGUCCGUAUCAAUAAUAAUCCAUCAGGGUGUGAUGCUACUUGUGCCCAUACUCAUUUUUGCGCUAUCACCAGGGUGGACUACGACGAAUUUCACCAAUGCAUGCAGACAGCUCCUAGCGCUCUAUCUGCUUCAAGAUCAUUUACUUCGCGACCCAUUGUUCUUCUAGUCCUAUUUGUGAGUGUUGUGAUAAACUUAUUAGUGUGAUAACUUUAUUUUUAGUGUAGUGGUUGAUAUUUUUGUAAUUAUAUGGGACAAUAAAAUAUUUUCGCGUGGUAUAUAUGCGUAUGAAUAAGUGAGGACGGUACAGUAUUGAAAAUAAGGAGGUUCAGUCUGAAUGUUUUUCAAGCAAUUAAUUCCACUGGUUUUAUAGCUGAAAUAAACAGAGAAGAGGAAAAACCACGGAAUUAGAAUUUUUAACAAGAGUUUGCGUUGAUGUAUUGGUAACACUAAAUAGACAAAAAUCGUUCUAUUAUCAUCAUUUUCACAGAAAACUGUCUUUGUAAUCAUCUAUCUUAAAAAUUCAGAUGCUGCCAUUAGGGCAUCAGUAUAAUUAAUAUUGAAAUUCCUAUUAGAAACUGGGAGCGAGAGAAAGAUUUUUUAUCCUGAAGGAAAACCUCUGUUUUUUAUUCACUUUCAAUAAUUCGAAAAUAUAUUAGAAGUGCUUCCAAGCAAUUUAGACGAAUCCAUAAAGUAUACAAAUAUUCCUCCUUAAUAAGUUACAUUAGUAAAAUGAAAAUCGAAGAAAUUGGCGAAAUAUCUCGAGUUUCAAUUAAUAAAUGAAUUUCUCAAAUGCUCCCAAUAAUGCAAAAGGUAGUUUAAGGUGAACUUCUCACUAAUAAUAAAGUCUCUCCUCACUUCGAUUUAUUUUUACCAAAAAUAGUGUUUAGGUGUGUAUUUAUGUUCUACAGGUGUUUAUAUAUUUUCGUGUAAAAUGCUUAAACCAGGAUAAUGUUUGAAAACAUUUUGGAAUUUACCUUCUGGUAAGACCUAGACGUAUUACCACAAGUGAUUCUAGGUAGAAAUGUAUUGAAAUUUUAUACAGAAUUUGUGAAUACUGUUAAGCUACACACAAAUUCAAUAUUUAUGUAAAAUAUUUUUGUAUAUACUGAAAAAGUUUACAUGAAGUAAUUCAUAUUAUUAAAGAGAGUAUACAAAUUAAGUCUCAGUGUGAACCUACUGGUUUUCGAAUUUUUCCCCAAAAAAAAAUGCUUUUAAUGUAUAUAUUCAUCAUAUUAAAACUAAUGUACUCAAUAAGUGUCUAUCAUCGCUAAAACUCAAAUCGUGUUUUUACGUUUGUGUUAAAUCCAUCAAAAUAACUAUUCAAGGAAUGAUUGAUAUAAUCGUGAUAUAAACCAAAAUACAAUUCAUUUUGGAAAGCUCCACUCAAUUUUAUUAACCAACUAGGAACAAAUUGACAACAUUCAAAUUGUUUCUAAUUUUAUCGUUACAAAUAAUAUUACGGAAUCGCGUUUAUAUACAGUAUGGAAAAAAUCGAUAUUAUGAUCAGACAAAAGCACAUAAUUUUUCGUGGUAUUCAACAUGAAUAUCAUUUAUAUGAUAAAGUUACAAACAUAAUGGAACGCCUUGUAUUUGGUAAUAGUAUUAGAUGAAAGGGAACAAGUUCAUUCCAAAAAGGUAUUUGGGGAGUAACGGAAAAAAUUGAGGGAAACAUCACAAAAAUAAUUGUGUACAACAUAUUAAUUCAUUACACCUCUUACAAAUAGUUUUAAUACUAGUAUGUUGCGUACGUAUAGAAUUAAUGUUAUUGAUUUUAAUUCAAUAGCCUAUUUUUAUCAAAAAAUACACGUUUAUUUUCAUAUUAACUUAACUUAAAAAUUUUAAGAACCAACUGACAAGCUCAAAUGUAACGAACUGGACAUUGGAUUGUUGGCUGGAUAGAUGUUCAAACAGCUUUGAAAGGUAUUUUAUUCACAACGAUAUGUACACAGAAGAAUUUACAACAGCAUCCAAUCUUCUUAACAUUCACACCACUGUCUAUUGUACACUAGCUUUAACUGUCUUGCCCUUAAUACUGUCUGGUUGAAGAUGACAAUUAAUCACUUUUUUCCACUUUUUUUUUGAUGAAAGCUCUUGAACUAUCCAUCAUGAUCUAUCUCUGUCCCCUGAAACUACUUUAUUGCUCGCUAUUUAUAUCACUUUUAUUGAUUAUGCUUCGCUUCUUCUUCACCAUCAACUUUCCAUUUUUUCAUUCCAAAUAUUUAUCACCAUGUUGAAGUGUGAAAAUUCUAUGCUUUAGAUGAAUAGCGUAUUAGUUAGAAAAUGAAAAUCUGGAAUAUAUCGCUGUAUUUGAAGAUGAUAUUCAUAAAUUUUGAGAGAUAAUUGUUGCAAAAAAAUAUCUUAAAAAUGAUAACGGGUACAUUUAUAUUCCGUUUCAUAACUUGAAACGAUAUAAGAUCUCCGUACUAUUACACUACCGGUCAAAAGUUUUUGCUAACCCAUAAAACAUUCAUUAAAUUACAAAAUUAUACAAUUCAACAAAUUCCACUUUCAUAUUGUCAAGCGAACAUCGAAGCAAUGUCUUACAAACCAAAAAUGAUAGUGUCUGUUAUUUAUUUACAUCAUACGAGCGCAUGUUUAUAUUUUGUCGGUGACUGCGACAAGUUAAAACUUGCAAAUACCGGCUGAUUUAUUUAUUCUUCAACUGUGAAUUAUCUCCUUGGUGUUUAUAUUCGUAGUUUGGUGCCACAAUAAUGUGCUGUCAUUUGCUGGAAUCUCGUGCAUUAAUGGCAAGUCUUCAUAGUCUAGGAAAAAGUAAUCGUACCUUUGCCGCCGAAUUAAAAAUACUUCGACAUACCGUGGCCUACAGCAUGAAAAAAUAUGCAUCCACUGGGAUCUUUGGCGAUAGAAAACGUUCAGGUUAGCCUCGAAAAUGGACAACCGCUGAAGAUAAAUGUAUUUUAUUGAUAAGUAAACAUGAUCAACGACCCACGGGUCCAGAUUUAGCAGCUCACGUCAAUGGCAGACCUCUUGUAAGACAUUAAAGUAAAUAGAAAUUGGACGCAUGAAGAGAGUAUUAUGGAAUGAUAAGUGAAUGUUGGAAGGUUUUGCCUCCAAGAUAAGAGUGUUUGUUCAACAGCUCAAAGGAAGAAAGGAUGUAAGAUCCAUGUAUAAUUCUGGUUAUAAAAACCGUGAGAGGCUCUGUGAUAAUUUGAGGAUGUUUUGGAGAAAAGUCGACUGGAGUUCUAGUGACAAUUGUAGGAAUCUUGAGAAAAGAAUGCUUCAAAAUAUUGAAGGAAAAUUUCUCAAAACUGUGCAAAGAAUAUUUAAAAGAAUUGGAAAACAACAAUGUAUUGAAAGUAAUGAUCUGACCUCAAUCCGAUAAAGUUGUUGGUGGACAAAUUGGAGAGGGAAGCCAGAGAACAAUGGCCUACAUCCACUUCCCAUUUUUAAAAUAUUCUGGAAAGCAAACGGAGCCAUUCAUAUGACGAUUUUAUGUCGAAAUUCUUACAGAAAAUGCCAAACUUUUGCACCGGAAUGUUAAAAGCAAAAUGGGGUUACAUCGACGAAUAAAAAAAUUCAAUAAGUAACAGACCGUAGUUCUAUUAUUACUAUUUCCUUACCUUAAUUUGAUAUUUAAAAUGUAAAUAUCAGAAUUUGUUGUGUCUCUCGCAAACUAUAGGGUGCAUAAAAACCUUUGGCGGGUAGUGUACAUGAAUUUCCUAUAUUUGCCAUUGCGUCAUGUAUGAGGAGUGGAUAAUAAUUCAAUUAUACAGUGAGAAAUUGGAACAUUCAAGCUGAGAAAGAAAUCUCACAUUCAUAUUUCCAUUCUUCUUUCCCAGCGCUAUUUCGAUGAGUACUGGAUGUAUCAACUUCUCAUCAAUACUUGGUCUUCAUAUCAUUUUUGCUUACUCAGCAUGUUUCCAAUGCUAUGCUAAUAUUGCAGUAGUGGUGUCUGCACGUUCUUGUUGCUUCAUGAAUUGGUUGCUGAAAUAUCUCUAUAAUAUCUAAUAUCGAAUAUCUCCUAUAUUGCGUAUAGUAUGUCAAAAAUUCUGCCCCGAUAUGAUAGAAAGCCCUAUCUCCGAAUUACAAAAUUUUACAGGAAAAAAGGAAAACCAAUUUCUUCACCUGCAUCAAAGUUUGGAUACUUCAAAAGGGUUUUGAUAUGUAAGUUAUUGUUUUAAUGUAUACAACUUUGUUUUCGUGCUAAAUUAAUUGAUAUUUCAUAUUUAUUAAGAAAAACUGGAUUUAGGGCUUUUUAUAUGAAAAGUAGUACACAGUCUCAUAUGGGAGUUGGGGCUUUUUAUGAUCAUAAUUAUAAUGUUCACAAACCCUAAAAUAAAUAAUAGAUUUACAUAAAACAACGUUCAAAAACCGUAUAAUACCAUUAAAUAAAAAGAACACGCAUUAAAAGAUUUCCAAUAAUUUUAUUAACAUAGAAUCAGUGUACAUAUCUGAAGAUCGUGCUUUUCAGUCUCUCAUUUGUCAGCGUUUAUCAAAUCUGGCACUUCUGACUCUUGGAUGCUCAACCAAAAUCCACGCCGGUUAGAUGGCAUAAGGGGGCACAGUUUUUCAACUAGUUCUUUUUUCUUUGCUUUAUUGAAUUCUCCUACUUUACCAAUCUUUUCAGGUAUAGUAACGUUCUUAAUGCAUUUAGCCAACACUUUUGAACUAUAUUCUUCAUAUUUGGUAGAAUACAAAAGACUUGUAUCUCAUCUUUCAGCAGUUACUUCAACAACAUCUGUAAGGUAUGGAGUUGAUAAAGUCACCUCGACACUUAAAUCCAUCCAUGCAAAAACAUCCCCAACAUCGGUGUUUACUUUUCUUGAGUUUGAUUGUUGAACACACUUAACAAAAUAGAACUGAACUGCUGCAGCUAUGCUUAGUGUGUAUAAUAUAGAGAAACAAUGGAGUUGUUUGAUGACUCAUCCGCUAGAUUGUGGCAAAAACAGUCAGUCACAUUGACAUCUUUGAUGAAAGAAGGCCCUAACUACAGAAAACCAUGCAAUUGUGUCUUACGAAAGAAUGCCCUAAUUCCAUGGUAGCACGGUUAGCUUGAAGAGUACAGGUACUAAGUACAACUCUUUGUGGAUUUAGGGCAAUUUUAGUAUUUGUUUCCUACAUAGGGCCUUCUUUUCUUGAAAAAAACCUCAAACUGGAGUUACGGCCAAUAUAAAUUUCAAUGUACUUCAUUACUGUAAUGGAUUUAGAGCUUUCUAAUGUCAUAAAAAGGUGUAUUUAUACAGAUUCGAAAACGCUAAGAAAAUAAUUUAAAAGAAAGUAGGAGCUACGGCCUUUUAACUUAUCAGCGCAGAAUUGUUGUAGUAAUUUUUAGAGAUCAUAAAUUUUGCCUACUUGUUUAUUUCAAACAAUUUUCUGUAUAACGCAUAGGUUUCUAAUUAUAGCGCUACAAACUUUUUACAGUAUGGUUUUUACUAAAUAUACAGUUAAAGGCUAAUAAAUUUGUGGAACAUAAAAUUUCCUUCUAAUGUUAUAGGAAUUUUGAUUAUUACUAUUUUUAUUAGUAACAAUUUUUAUGCUGUAGCUUGGUGUACUAUGGUUUUUUGCUACAUAGACAAUCUUUUAUUAUGAUAACGGUUUACCUUGCAAGUAACAGUUAAGAUCAAUGAAUUAUUUGUUUUUCUCCACACUAUUUACAAUUUCAAUUGAUUCGCUACACAGCUGUAUUGACAUUUUCGUGAGCAUGGUAUGCCAUUUUAUGCGUUAUCAAAUGAUUUUCAUAUACAACGAGCAAACUACAGCUCUUAAACCAUAAAAGUCAGGGGGGGAAAAUUCCUAUAACAAUUAUAGAAAGUUUCGUGCUCUACAAAUUCAACUACCACCAUUUUCAAUUUAUCAUGAACCGUUAACUAUAUAUUUAGCAAAAACCAUAUUGUGAAAAGUUUGUAGCACUAUAUAACUAUACGUUAUACAAAAAAAGUUACAAAUAAAUAAGAUGGCGAAAAUAUUCUUCGCUACUUUUGUCGUACUAUGCGCGGUUUCCAAGAUGCCGGCUGACGCGGGCACCCUCCUUUGACGCCCUCGUGGAUAUGGAUUCAGGUUACACCCGUGGACAUAGCCUAAUAUUAGUUUGGAUUAUAUAUCUACCAGUUUAGAUAUUAAUGAUGAUGAGAGGGUAUGCGGUGGCAUCAACUUCCAUGAUUCUAUCUGUAACAUCUUAUGAUUAUGAUUUAUAGAAAAUUGUAUAUCUUAGUAAGUAAAGUGAAAAACCGGUAGAGCAGAUUCAAAAGUUCAGAAGAUGUCGGACAAAAUCUCAGGCAUUAUUAUAAAUGUGCAUUUUUCAACUUAUUCGACAAAUUCUUAUUAUGGAAUUUGUUCUUAUUUUUUAAUUUGUACUUCAAACAAAAACUUCGUGUAAGAUAAAGUACGUUUACCAGUGACCACGAACGCAGCAUAUGAUUGAAAAAAAUAUAGCUCGAUUGCAUAUUCUACUUGUUACAUUCGCUAUUAACGAAAACAUGAGUAGAGAAAAUAUUGUGAUACGAUUCAUUUUCAAGAUAUACACAGUUUCUAACUAUACAUUCAAACCUACUGCUCCCUAAGUACCUUACUUUUCAAAAACAAA